UUCGGCGAGCGUUGUUCUUCCCAGCCCCUUGCUCGUCUUGACCGACGUGCUGGUAAGCUUCAGUUCAUCGGCAUCAAUGAAUCGGGACCCGAGUUUGGUGAGGGAAACAUACCCGGUCGCUUGGGGACCGAUUACACAUGGCCCGAUCUUGGUUCCAUCAGUACAUUCGUCAACAAGGGCUAUAACAGCUUCCGUGUGAACUUUNUGAUGGAGCGUCUGGUGCCCAACCAGAUGACUGGCUCGCUGGAUGCCGCGUACCUUAACAACCUGACGCAGACUGUCGAUGGCAUUACCAACCUCGGUGCGUAUGCUAUCAUCGUUCCUCACAACUAUGGUCGCUACAACGGCCAAAUCAUUACUUCAGCCGAGGACUUUGGCACAUUCUGGAAGACUGUUGCUGCACAGUUCAAGGACAAUGAAAAGGUCAUCUUUGAUACCAAUAACGAGUUUCAUGAUGACGAGCGUCUCCAAGCCGCAACGACCUGGCUCCGUGACAACAAGAAGAUUGGAUUGAUUGGUGAAUUUGCAGGCGCGGUCAAUGCCGAUUGCGAAGCCGCUGUCAAGGACAUGCUUGCCUUUGUGGCUGACAACUCUGACGUUUGGGCCGGUGCACUCUGGUGGGCUGCUGGUCCUUGGUGGGGUGACUAUAUGUUUUCGGUCGAGCCUAAGGACGGUGUAGCGUACAGCACAUAUGCAGACCUCGUCGCAUCGUAUGCA